UCUAGGCCAGCGCGGCGUCUCUCUAUGGCCCGCCGCCGCGGUCGGGGUGGGUGUCAUGGCGGCCGGCGUCGAGUUGGCAGGAGUUGCCCUCGGAACUGGGGAAAGUCGUUAAAGCAGAGGAAGUAGUGGCCCAGCCCGGACGUUGCGGGGCGGGGGGGGGUCGGAGGAAUGAGCAGAGGCCUCGGGGGCCGACCGUGGCGCUGGAGGCGGACCCCCGGUGACGUCCCGGGCCAGGCCUCUGCGUUUCUGGGCAGAAUCCGGCGGUUGGUGGGAGCCGCCGCGGCGCCGGCGUCGCCUGGGAACCCUCCUUGUGUCGUCUGACCUAGCACCUUGGGCUCGGGACGGGCCCUGCGAGGCGGAGGUUCGAGGACGCUGGACGCUUCUCUCGGAGCGGACCCGGCCGUUCUCCACCCCGCGGCGAUGUCGUCCUGGCUCGGGGGCCUGGGCUCCGGCCUGGGCCAGUCGCUGGGGCAAGUCGGAGGCAGCCUGGCCUCCCUCACUGGCCAGAUUUCAAACUUUACGAAGGACAUGCUGAUGGAGGGCACGGAGGAGGUGGAAGCAGAAUUACCUAAUUCUAGGAGAAAGGAAGUUGAAGCCAUUCAUGCAAUCUUAAGAUCAGAGAAUGAGAGACUCAAAGAACUUUGUACUGAUUUAGAAGAGAAGCAUGAAGCAUCAGAGCUUCAAAUAAAGCAACAAUCUACAAAUUACCGAAAUCAACUACAACAGAAAGAGGUAGAAAUCAGCCAUCUUAAAGCAAGACAGAUUGCACUGCAGGAUCAGUUGCUGAAGCUGCAGUCAGCUGCUCAGUCUGCACAUUCAGGAGCUAGCAGCGUACCAGCAGCCCUGGCAUCAUCUCCGUUCAGCUAUUCUGUCAGUCAUCAUGCUUCAGCUUUCCAUGACGAUGACAUGGACUUCAGUGACAUAAUUUCAUCACAACAAGAAAUAAACAGAUUAUCAAAUGAAGUUUCAAGACUUGAGUCUGAGGUUGGCCAUUGGAGGCAUAUUGCUCAGACUUCUAAAGCACAAGGAUCAAAUAGCUCUGAUCAAAGUGAAAUCUGUAAACUACAAAGUAUCAUUAAGGAACUCAAACAGAUUCGAAGUCAGGAAAUCGAUGACCAUCAACAUGAAAUGUCAGUGUUGCAGAAUGCACAUCAACAGAAGUUGACAGAUAUAAGUCGUCGGCAUCGAGAAGAAUUACGUGACUAUGAAGAACGAAUUGAAGAACUGGAAAAUCUGUUAGAACAAGGUGGCUCAGGAAUUGUAAUACCUGAUCACUCAAAAAUCCAUGAGAUGCAAAAAACUAUUCAGAAUCUACAAACUGAAAAAGUAGCAUCUAUAAAAAAAAUUGAAGAACUUGAGGAUAAAAUAAAAGACAUAGAUAAAAAAUUGUCUUCUGCAGAAAAUGACAGAGAUGUUUUGAGGAAGGAGAAAGAAUGCCUAAAUGUUGAAAACAGACAAAUAACAGAACAAUGUGAAAGCUUGAAACUGGAAUGUAAAUUGCAGCAUGAUGCUGAGAAGCAAGGUGAUACUGUGACAGAAAAAGAAAGAAUCCUUCCACAGAGUACAUCAGUGGAAGAGGAAGUGCUCAAACUGCAGCAAGCACUGUCUGAUGCGGAAAAUGAAAUUAUGAGACUGAGUAAUUUAUACCAGGAUAACAGUCUCACUGAAGAUAAUUUGAAACUUAAAAUGCAUGUCGAAUUUUUAGAAAAACAGAAGUCCUUAUUGAGUCAAGAAAAGGAAGAGCUUCAACUAUCACUUUUAAAGUUGAACAAUGAAUAUGAAGUGAUUAAAAGUACAGCUGUGAGAGACAUGGAUAUGGAUUCAACAUUAUGUGAUUUAAGACUGACCUUGGAGGCAAAGGACCAGGAACUCAAUCAGAGUCUCACUGAGAAGGAAAUAUUGGUUGCUGAGUUAGAGGAAUUGGACAGACAAAACCAAGAAGCUACAAAGCACAUGAUUCUGAUAAAAGAUCAGCUAUCAAAACAACAAAGUGAGGGAGAAACUAUCAUUAGUAAACUGAGAAAAGAUCUAAAUGAUGAAAACAAGAGAGUCCAUCAACUUGAAGAUGAUAAAAAGAAUAUGACUAAAGAACUAAAUGUGCAGAAAGAGAAGUUAGUUCAAAGUGAACUCGUCCUAAAUGGCUUGCAUUUAGCCAAGCAGAAGCUUGAGGAGAAAGUAGAAGAUUUAGUGGAUCAGCUAAAUAAAUCACAAAAAAGUAAUUUAAACAUGCAGAAGGAGAACUUUGGACUUAAGGAACAUAUUAAACAAAAUGAGGAAGAGCUUUCUAGAGUCAGGGAUGAGUUAACUCAGUCUCUAAGUCGAGACUCUGGCAGUGAUUUUAAGGAUGACUUACUUAAAGAAAGGGAAGCUGAAGUCAGAAACUUAAAACAAAAUCUUUCAGAAAUAGAACAGCUCAAUGACAGUUUAAACAAAGUUGCCUUUGAUCUCAAAAUGGAAAAUGAAAAGUUGGUCUUAGCGUGUGAAGAUAUAAGACAUCAGUUGGAAGAAUCAAUUGUUGGCAGCAAUCAGAUGUCUCUGGAAAGAAACACUAUUGUGGAGGCUCUAAAAAUGGAAAAAGGACAGUUAGAAGCAGAAUUGAGUCGAGCUGACCAAAGGCUGUUGGAAGAAGCCAGUAAGUAUGAACAGACGAUUCAAGAGCUAUCAAAGGCACGUGAUUUGAGGACCUCUGCUUUACAGCUGGAGCAGCAGCAUUUAAUGAAACUCAGUCAAGAGAAGGACUUCGAAAUAGCAGAACUUAAAAAGAACAUUGAACAGAUGGAUACUGAUCAUAAAGAAACUAAGGCAAUUUUGUCAUCUAUUUUAGAAGAGCAGAAGCAAUUGACGCAACUUAUAAGUGAGAAGGAAAUUUUUAUUGAGAAACUUAAAGAAAGAAGUUCAGAGCUUCAGGAGGAAUUAGAGAAAUCUACUCAGGCCUCAAGGAAAAUUGAAAUUUUAAAGCAAACCAUUGAGGAGAAAGACAGAAGUCUUGGGUCCAUGAAAGAAGAAAACAAUCAUCUGAAAGAAGAACUGGAACGGCUCCGUGAACAGCAGAGUCGAGCCGUGCCUGUGGUGGAGCCUAAACCCCUGGAUAGUGUUACAGAGCUAGAAUCUGAGGUGUUGCAGCUAAAUAUAGUAAAGAGGAAUCUUGAGGAGGAAAUAAAACGUCAUCAGAAGAUUAUAGAAGAUCAAAACCAGAGUAAAAUGCAGCUGCUUCAGUCUCUAGAGGAGCAGAAGAAGGAAAUGGAUGAAUUUAAGUGCCAGCAUGAGCAAAUGAACGUCACACACACCCAACUCUUCUUAGAGAAAGAUGAGGAGAUUAAGAAUUUGCAAAAAACAAUUGAACAAAUCAAAACCCAAUGGCAUGAAGAAAGACAGGACGUUCAAAUGGAGAAUUCUGAGUUCUUUCAAGAAACAAAAGUGCAGAGCCUUAAUCUAGAAAAUGGCAGUGAAAAGCAUGAUUUAUCGAAAGCCGAAACUGAGAGGUUAGUAAAAGGAAUAAAAGAACGAGAGCUGGAGAUUAAACUUCUAAAUGAAAAGAAUAUAUCUUUAACAAAACAAAUUGAUCAGCUGUCCAAAGAUGAGGUUGGUAAACUCACUCAGAUCAUCCAGCAGAAAGACUUAGAGAUACAAGCUCUUCAUGCUAGGAUUUCUUCAGCUUCCUACACCCAGGAUGUUGUCUACCUUCAGCAGCAGCUGCAGGCCUAUGCUAUGGAGAGAGAACAAGUAUUAGCUGUUUUGAGUGAGAAGACCAGGGAAAAUAGCCAUCUGAAAACAGAAUACCACAAAAUGAUGGAUAUCGUUGCUGCUAAAGAAGCAGCUCUCAUUAAGCUGCAAGAUGAAAAUAAAAAAUUGUCUGCUAGAUCCGAAGGUGGUGGCCAGGAUAUGUUUAGAGAGACUGUCCAGAAUUUAUCACGUAUCAUUCGAGAAAAAGACAUUGAGAUAGAUGCGUUAAGUCAGAAGUGCCAGACCUUAUUGACAGUUUUACAAACAUCGAGCACUGGGAAUGAGGUUGGAGGCGUUAAUAGCAAUCAGUUUGAGGAGCUUCUACAGGAACGCGACAAAUUAAAACAACAAGUAAAGAAGAUGGAAGAGUGGAAACAGCAGGUGAUGACCACAGUUCAGAAUAUGCAGCAUGAGUCAGCCCAGCUUCAAGAAGAACUUCAUCAGCUUCAGGCACAAGUUUUGGUUGACAGUGAUAAUAAUUCUAAAUUACAAGUGGAUUAUACUGGCCUGAUCCAAAGUUAUGAGCAGAAUGAAACUAAACUCAAAAAUUUUGGGCAGGAGCUAGCACAAGUUCAGCACAGCAUAGGGCAGCUGUACAGUACCAAAGACCUUCUCUUAGGAAAACUUGAUAUUAUUUCUCCUCAACUCCCCUCCGGAUCAUCGCCUCCUUCCCAGUCAGCAGAGUCUCUUGGAAUGGAUAAGCGUGAUACAUCAAGUGAGUCUUCAAAACAGGAGCUAGAAGAGCUAAGAAAGUCACUGCAGGAAAAAGAUGCAACGAUUAAAACACUCCAGGAAAAUAACCACAGAUUGUCCGAUUCAAUUGCUGCCACCUCAGAGCUAGAAAGAAAAGAACACGAACAGACUGAUUCAGAAAUUAAGCAGCUAAAGGAGAAACAAGAUGUUUUACAAAAGUCACUUAAGGAGAAAGACCUCUUAAUCAAAGCCAAAAGUGAUCAGUUACUUUCUUUAAAUGAAAAUUUCACCAACAAAGUGAAUGAAAAUGAACUCUUGAGGCAGGCAGUAACCAACCUGAAGGAGCGGGUAUUAAUUUUAGAAAUGGACAUUGGUAAACUAAAAGAAGAAAAUGAAAAAAUAGUUGAAAGAACCAGGGAAAAGGAAACGGAGUAUCAAGCAUUACAGGAGACUAAUAUGAAGUUUUCCAUGAUGCUUCGAGAAAAAGAGUUUGAGUGCCAUUCAAUGAAGGAAAAAUCUCUUGCAUUUGAGCAGCUACUGAAAGAAAAAGAGCAGGGCAAGACUGGGGAGUUAAAUCAACUUUUAAAUGCAGUUAAGUCAAUGCAGGAGAAGACAGUUAAGUUUCAACAAGAGAGAGACCAGGUCAUGUUGGCCCUGAAACAGAAACAAAUGGAAAACAGUGCUUUACAGAAUGAGGUUCAACAUUUACGCGACAAAGAAUUACGCUUAAACCAGGAGCUAGAGAGAUUGCGUAACCAUCUUUUAGAAUCAGAGGAUUCUUACACCCGUGAAGCUUUGGCUGCAGAAGAGAGAGAGGCCAAACUGAGAAGGAAAGUCACAGUAUUGGAGGAAAAGCUAGUUUCAUCUUCUAAUGCAAUGGAAAAUGCAAGCCAUCAGGCCAGUUUGCAGGUAGAGUCACUGCAGGAGCAGCUGAAUGUGGUCUCUAAGCAGAGGGAUGAAACCGCCCUGCAGCUCUCUGUGUCUCGGGAACAAGUAAAGCAGUAUGCUCUCUCACUCUCCAACCUGCAGAUGGUACUAGAGCAUUUCCAGCAAGAGGAAAAAGCUGUGUAUUCUGCUGAACUAGAAAAGCACAAACAGCUUGUAGCUGAAUGGAAGAAAAAGGCAGAAAAUCUGGAAGGAAAACUGAUGUCAUUACAGGAGCGUUUUGAUGAAGCAAAUGCUGCGUUGGAUUCAGCAUCAAGACUUACAGAGCAGUUAGAUUUAAAGGAAGAACAAAUUGAAGAACUUAAAAAACAAAAUGAACUCCGACAAGAAAUGCUGGAUGAUGUACAAAAGAAAUUGAUGAACUUAGUAAACAGCACAGAAGGAAAAGUGGACAAAGUCCUAAUGAGAAACCUCUUCAUUGGACAUUUCCACACACCAAAGCAUCAGCGCCACGAGGUGUUACGAUUAAUGGGAAGCAUCCUUGGUAUCAAGAGGGAGGAAAUGGAACAGUUGCUUCAUGAAGAUCAGGGUGGUGUUACCAGGUGGAUGACUGGAUGGCUUGGAGGAGGAUCAAAAAGUGUCCCCAACACACCUCUGAGACCAAAUCAACAAUCUGUGCUUAAUAGCUCUUUUUCAGAACUUUUUGUUAAAUUUCUAGAAACAGAAUCUCAUCCAUCUGUUCCACCACCAAAGCUUUCUGUUCAUGAUAUGAAACCUCUGGAUUCACCAGGAAGGAGAAAAGUAGUCAUACAUGUAUCAGAAAGUUUUAAAGAAACCACAGAGUCCAGAUGUGGAAGGAGAACAGAUGUGAAUCCAUUCUUGGCUCCCCGCUCUGCAGCUGUGCCUCUCAUUAACCCAGCUGGACUUGGACCUGGUGGGCCUGGGCAUCUUCUUUUGAAGCCCAUCUCAGACGUGUUGCCCACAUUUACACCUUUGCCGGUGUCACCUGACAACAGUGCUGGAGUUGUGUUGAAAGACCUUUUAAAGCAAUAGAUGAUUCUCAAGCCAGAGACAACAUAUGUAGCACUUUAAAGAAACCAUGAACACUAUGUGUAUGUACUUUAUCACAAAGUGGCCUUUCAGAAAAAGUCAUGUGUUUGUUUGCAGUUGUACAUUCUCUGAACUUAAUAAAAUAUUCUUUUUGCUUUUAGAAAUUGCAGGUGUCACAGGACGAAGUGUUUGCUAUAUUGUAUGCUUUUUUUUCCCUUAUUUGACCUAAUUUAGGCUAGAAUCAUUUGAUCUUUUAAUUUACAAAAAAUGAGAAAAAUAUUAGGAAAGAUUAUAUUCAAGUCUUAAUUGAGUAAAAAGAUUGUAUUAAGUCAAGGGAUUUACAAAAAGAAGAACAAAAUAAUAGUGGCUUAUCUGUAUAGUGCAAACAAUUGAUCUGAAGCAUGUAUUGAUCAUCUUUUUUUUUUUUAAGUCUUCUUGAGAGAACUUUGUGUAGAUAGGCCAGCAACAGGGUUGUCCCUGGGAGAACAUAGGUGUCCUGAGGUGGAAUGUGUGUGUAUUUUUGGUUCUAUGCAAUUUUAUCACACGUGUAGAUUGCCGUGAUCACCACAACAGUACAGAUACUGAGCAAUUUCUCAAGUCGCUGUCGUGCGGUCCUGCUGGAUUUUGUAGUCGUGACCUCCUUCCCUACCUGCAACCCGCCUAACCUCUGGCAACCGCCAAGUGUGCGCUGUCUCUGUAAUUUUGUCAUUUCAAGAGUGCUGUGUAAGUGGACUCAUGCAGUACGUAACCUUUGAGGUUGGCUUUUUCUCACCCAGCAUAAUUCUUGAGACCCAUCCAAGUUGUUAUGUGUAUUGGUAAUUCGUUCCUUUUUAAUGUCGAGUACAUAACAGUGGAGAUACGAUUUAGUUUUAAGAGCUAGGGUAUCUUUUUACAGGUAUCUCAAAACUGUUCACACACACGCACACAACCCUUAUAUAAGCAUUAUGUCGUACAGCUGCACUUACGUACCUACAAUCCGCAAUAUCACUAAACAGGUACGAUACCUCCUGCCUCUAGUCCGAGGUGUGAUAGAAGAGGCACAGCCCCCCCCCCCCCAUCCUCCUGGUUACUGAGGGUAGUGUCAAUAACACCAGCAUCAGGUGUUUGAAACUGAGGAGGAAGGGCAUAGUUCUUUAAUUUUUUAUAAAAUUGUCAUAAAAAAUCUUGACCUGGAACUUAAUUAUAUCAAGAUGUCAUGUUUGUAUUAGUUGUGUUGGAGUUGUACAUUUACAGACAUUUCUUGCAAAUUUUGUAAAUUUCAGUAUGCCUUUAAAAUAGAAACAUCUGUAUAACAAGGAAAGGUGAAAAUAAUACUAAUCCAAAUAUGUAAAUAGGCCUAGCCCUGGCCAGGGCUCAGUUUGAUUGUUUGUAAAUUUUGCUAUGAUUAACUGCCUACUGUAUUUAGAUCAGAAGAUCAGAAGUCUUCAUGUGCGGAUGGGUAAAGCUUGUUUUUCUGAAAUGCUUAAUAGCUGAGAUGUUGCUGCCUCAGAACAUCACCUGUGUCCCGAGCUAAUGUAUUUAUAUCGCUCUUCUUUGUUAAGUACACUUUAAAGGAAGUUGUACUGGUUCUAUAUUAGAACUGCCAAACUGCCUCAUGUCCAUUUUGCCCAUUAUUAUUUCUCUAUGAAAUUAUUACCCUUUAGGUUCUAUACGAUCCUUCCAGAGAUGCUUUCACUGGCCAUCUGAAAUUAUUUGCUGCUUGCCAUUAAAGUUUCAUGUCAGUGUGGAGCAUCUGAAAUAAAAGUUUCUAAGUUAAAAAAAAAAAAAAAGAUACAUGAUUCUUCAUUUUGAAGAAAGAGAACAUACAAAAAAAGUUUUGUCUUAAUUUGAAAAGAAGAUGCAUGGUACAUGUUUAGGUAGCAUAUCAUCAUAUUUUAAAGGCCUUUUAUGACCUUUUGAGUAUUCUCACCCUCACCCCCAUAGUUUCAUGUAAGUUUGAAAGCUGUUACGGGUGGAUUGCAUAUCUAAACAUGACAGCAUGACCUUCCAUGGCUGCUGUUUAAGUAUGUGAUCUUGUCUUCAAGCUGUAGUAUCCAGUGUUUCAUUGUAUCAUGGUUGAAACUAUAGCUCAGUGGUAUGCAUACUAAGUGUUUGUUGAUCUAAACCAGACGUAACUCAUCUACUUUCUGAAACCAAGUUGUGUCAGAGAUGAGCCAUCUGCUCAAGGAAUCUUGGUAACCAUACAAUGAUGAAGCAUAUAAUUGUGAUGUUAGCAAUAGGACAUGGCGAACAGUAUUUUUACUACAAUAUUUUAACUACAGUCCUUUUACUGUUUACUUCUCUCUAAACUUACUAGAAUCUGUGGUUGAUUUUUGCUUCAGCUGCCAGUUUUUCAUAACAUUCCUAAUGUUUUCAACUGCUAUAAUAUAGUAGAAAAGCCAUCCAGCCAUUGAGUUUGAGUUUAAUAUAAUCUUGUAUCAUGGUUGGUUGAGUUUUAGUUCCUGCCAUUAUUGAUUUUUAAAAGAAAGUAGAAAACCAAAAUAACAAAAACAUGGGGGAAAAGGAAUGACUUUCCUAAAGCCAGCCAAUUAAAAUAUUAACCAUCCUCUGCAAAUAAAGCCUCCUGUUUAUUUUAACCUUUUAAUGGUUAAUUGAAAAGGGGAAAAAGACUCAAAAUACUUAUCCAGCCAGUAGAUGGAAAACAAUUCCGUCUUCAGGGAUAGGGGAGUGAUGAGAAUUAGCAGGGAAGUGCCAUUAUGCGUCAGACUUAAAGAAUUUAAUCUGUUUUUUCAAGCCAAUGAAGUUUUUCAUUUAAAACAUCUUCCAUCCACAAAAAUUUCCUUUAACUUUGUAAAUAUCCAGUAAGUAUAACUGAUACUUAUUUUAUAUAUUCCUAUGGAAAAGGUAAUGGUAUUGUAAUGUUCUGACAUUUGUGAUUGCUAGUCUUUACUUUUUAACUUAUUAAGGUUUCUCUAAUUAAACUUGAUAAGUUGUCUUGGUUUUUAGGGAAAUAUCUAAAUGUGGGAAGUUUACAACCCAGCCUUACUAUUGGGUUAUGUUUUAUAGAGCUAAAGUCAAUGCAUUUCUGAAUUCCUCAGGACCACUGCAAGGCAAAAAAAACAAAAAAAAAAAAACAAAAAAAAAAUCCUCCAAAUAAAAAUGAUAUAUGUAAGUUGGCAAUGUCUUUAACCACAAUAAAAAA